UCGCCGCCAUCGCCGCCGUCCCGGGGUCGCCCAUGGAGCCCAAAGUGGCGUUCCGAGGUGGCAGUCGCUGCUGGAGUAGCACAGAAGCUGGCGGGAGGCUGACGGAUGUAUUCAGCAGCGGAAUGACAGGCUCUGGCUCGCUCUAUGCUUGCUACAAAUCACAGAAUGAAGAAAAUGUAGAGCUACCUCAGACCUACAGUUCUUCCCUUUCAACAUCAGAGUUCUCUGCACCUGUGGACCCUUCCCUUUUAUACGCACCAUGGUCGACCUACGGAGACGACACCAAGCCUCCUGCUGCCGCUCAGAGCAGCGUGAAGUCCAGGAUUCAGCCUGAAAGGAAUGAUUAUGGCAGUGAAACAGAUUUGUACGGACUCGUGUCUAACAUCUUGGAAGAACAAGAUAAAUCGCAGCCGUAUUGUGCUGAGGGGAGCUGCCCUCCCAACCUGAAGUCAGUGUGGCCCCUGAAUGCAACCAGAAUCGCAGACCACCCCGACCUGCUGCCAGAAACGAAAAGACCAGUCGUUGGAGCUGUCUCACAGCAGGGGUUUUAUAGUAGUGAAUCCGUCUCUGCUGCUGAGAAACAGUACUUGCAAAGCAGUAAUCUUACAUCGCAGCAGAAAGUAGAGGAGUGUUGUCGUGGGUUUACUGGCAUAGACCUUGAAGAGCAGUGUUUGUACCCUUCCAGGAAUGAUCAUGCCAACUGUUGUAACGUGCAGACUAAUGAGAAUAUGAAGACAACACCCGUGUAUCAGAACUAUCCAUACAUAAAAAACGCCUUUACACCCCAAGUUGGAUAUUCAGAAGUAAUCAAAGACUUGGGAGACGAUGCUUAUUCUUACGGGAGGGAGAAGGUGUGUCCCAAAGGAGCGGAUGCGCAGUUGCAGCAAAAGCGGGCAGAGAUGUUCCUUCCACAGUUUCACAGAUACAAUGAAAACACAGAUUACAGUAGGUACACUGAAUACUCUCAUGCUGGUAAAGCAAAGCCAAACAAGAGCACCAAUUGUAGCCUCCAAGAAAAUAAAAAGUUAGUAAAUGGAACCAUUGAGGCACCAUCUCUGGAUGCGGAACCCUAUAGUAAAUUAUUUCAAGUUAAAUCAGGAACUCAGAAAAAAAUAGAAGAUACAAUUUCAGAUCAGCAAAACUUUACAUUUCCCAAGGCUGUAGGACUUCUUUCGGAAAAGCAAUUUGCAAAUGAGGCUUCAUUCUGCACUGAUUUGGGGCAAAAAUUUGAGUAUGGACUGAAAUCAUUUGCAGCUUGUCCAGGGAAUAGUGACUGUGCCAAUGGUGUAGAAAAGCAGCAGUUUUCCAAGUCCGAUCUUCAGAAUUCUGAGUACUGUAAAUCCCUUCCCUUGUUACCAAACCCAGCAAACCCUCCGGCGGGCGCUAAUGUGAGGCCAGCUUGGAUGAACACACAAACCAAAACCACUGCUUCUGCCCCAUUUCAGAAUCCAAGUCCUUUGUUGAAACUGAAUAAUCAUUUAUCUGCUUUUCCAAAAAGUUCCAGUCACUCUAAUGAUUUUUUUCAGUUAUCGUCUGCAAAUUUCCCUUUAAAUAGUAAUUUAUUUCACAAGUUUCAAGACAAUCCAUUUUUUUCAAGUCUUGAUUUUGGUUAUAACACGGCAGAACGAGCUCGGUCUGCUGCUUGCGUGGAAGCACUGAUGAGGAGUGGAGAAGAGAAUCUCAUUGAGUAUUUAAGUGAAAAGAAAUUAAAGCAGCCAAACGGAUUCUGCGACAGUUACUCCGCUCAGCAGUUCGGGAUCAUUGAGAACAUGAACAAACACCGUUUCCAGUUGAAGGCACAGAGUGAGCGUUAUGACCUGGAGGGACAGAAACCCGCGGAUGGGCUGUUGCAGACCGUGUACCAGGAUUUACUGGAGUCUCAGGGUCCGUUUAACCUCAGGCAGGGGAGCGGGGACGGUAACCCCCUCAGUCCCCCGAGUUCCCUGCAGGUACCGGGCGUUUCCAGCAGUUCCAUGAUGGGGGACUUUCGGCGCACUCAGCAGCUUGGCUCUAGUGCCUUCCCCUUGAGAUCAGCCCGUCUCCUUGGCCGUUCCAUCGUCCCUCUGAUGGACUCCCACGACUUGUUCUCCCGCGAUGAUUUAAAACGCUUCUACCCUUACCUGAACGAUAAGGUGUACGGUGAGGGCUCCUUUUCUGGUUUUGUACCCGCAUUUGGAUUUCAAAGGCAAGUCAAAACCCGUAGCGGGCCUGCCAGCGAGCUUCAUGUUAGACUAGAAGAGUGUUACGAACAAUGGAGAGCUCUGGAGAAAGAGAGAAAGAAGACUGAAUCGGCUCUUGCGAAGAAUUUCCAGGGGAAAAAGGUUUCCAGUGCUAACAACACCCCGAUUCCGCGGCCGACAUCAAACCCAUCAAGAGUUGAUCGUUUAAUUGUGGAUCAGCUACGUGAACAAGCCAGAGUUGUGACUUUACUGGGAAAAAUGGAGCGCCUUCGCAGUUCUCCCCUUCACGCUAACAUUUCUACUGCUCUUGAUAAACACCUGGAGGUAAUUCAUGUAGUGCAGUCCCGUAGAAAAGAUGAAAUUGUAAAUGCUUCAAAUCGACAGAGGCAAGGAGCUCCCAGAUGCCAAGAUGACAGAGACGUGUUUGCUCUGGCUUUGGCCAUUAAAGAGAUGAGCGUGACGACGCGUAAGGCACGUACGACCCUGUGGUGCGCGUUCCAGAUGACCUUACCCAAACCUGCCCCCGGGAAACCCGAGCGAGAGAAAGCUCCUCGGGACACGGCACCGCCCGAAGAGAAGGCGUGUGGGGGCACGAGCGGCUGCGGCACCGCGGCGCGCAGGGCUGAAGUAAGCAAGCACUAA